AUGUCUUCCACCACUGUUUUGACAAAUGGUCGGUUCCUCAAUCACGACCACACCUCUCACCAAGGAUGCGUGAUAACCCAAAACUCCAAGAUAACAUACAUUGGCCCAGAGAACGAUGAUGAAGUCAAAAAGGCAAAAUCCAAUGGCGCAGAAGUUGUGAAUUUUAACAAUAAAGUCGUCCUCCCAGGUUUCAUCGACAGCCACGUCCAUCUCCUCUUCUUCGGCCUUUCAGAACAGAAACUCGAUCUAGGAGGCUGCAGAUCAUUGGAAGAAAUUCGAAAGAGAAUAUCAGCUUUUGCGAAAAAGAACCCUGAUUUACCGCAUAUCCUUUGUCGAGGAUGGCUUCAAUCUGCCACUGGUGGGAUUGCAUUGGCGAGUAUGAUCGAUGAUAUUGAUCCGAGGCCUAUGUUCAUUGAUGCGAAUGAUCUUCAUUCUGCGUGGUGUAAUACCGCUGCUUUGAAGAAGUUACCCAUCGAAGAAAUGAGACAAAAGGUACCGGAAUUCGUUACGUGGGAUGAAGAUGGGAAUCCUACUGGCCUUCUAGCUGAAGCUGCUGUGACGGCGUAUAUUUGGCCGUUCCUAAUUCAGUCUCUCUCCAUGGAUGAGAAACUGCAAGCACUUGAGCAAGCUAUAGACGCAUACUCGGCCGAAGGAUAUACUGGAGUCAUCGACAUGGCAAUGGACUCAACAGCAUGGGAAGCACUCCAACUACUCCGAGAGAAAAAGGGUAUAAAUCUUCACAUCGCAGCACAUUGGUUCGUACCCUAUGAAGCAGGUCAAACUCUUCUCGACGCCCAAAUCCAGGAAGCUAUCGAGAUGCACACCAAAUUUCAUCCCUCCAAAUCACCAGACUUCUGCAUCGUGGGCGUAAAGCUCAUUUGCGAUGGUGUAGUAGAUGGAUGUACAGCUGCAUUAUCCUAUCCCUACGGCGAAUCAACGGACCUUGUUCAACCACUUUGGCCACCGGAGGCUAUGAACAGAGCUCUUGGUCAGAUUACGAAGGCUGGUAUGCAGUGUGCUAUACAUGCUAUUGGCGAUGUAGCCGUUACGCAGGCUAUUGAAGCUAUAGCGAGUACCAAUAACCCAACCGCUCGUCAUCGAAUCGAGCAUUUAGAAAUGGCUACACCGGAGGAUGCUUCAAGGCUGGGAGGAUUGGGUAUAACGGCCUCCAUCCAACCCGUUCACAGCGAUCCAGCAAUUUUAGAAGGCUACGCGAAACUCGUCAAACCAGAACCAUGGGAAAAUGCAUUCCCUUACAAAGAAUGUAUCGACGGUCACGCAAACGUUGCAAUUGGUACAGACGCACCUACAGCACGACAUCUACCUUUCCCGAAUUUGUAUAAUGCUACGACGAGAAAGUCUGCGCUGGAGCCUGAGAGGAAGGAUAUUACGAAUGAGAAGAGUAAGUUGAGCUUGUUGCAGGCUAUUACUGGUGCUACGUAUGGAGCUGCGUAUUCGAGAUUUGCGGAACGUUGGACGGGGAGGUUGGAGGUUGGUCUGAGGGCGGAUUUCAUGGUUUUGAAGGAUGUGCUUAGUGUUGACGGGCUACUGGAUAUUAAGGUGGAGGAGACUUGGUUUGGAGGGAAGAGGGUCUAUACGAAGGGUGGUUAA